AUGGCCAACUCCGGCGACGAGGGGCGCGUUGUGACGGACCUCCGCUCCGCUGCGGAGUCGGCGGGCGGCGACGAGGCGCUUCACGAAAUCGAGUCUCUCUGCAUGCGCUGCGGCGAGAAUGGCACCACGAGGUUGCUGCUGACUACGAUCCCCAACUUCCGGGAGGUUGUUCUGAUGGCUUUCGAGUGCCCGCACUGUAAUGAAGGGAACAACGAGGUCCAGUUUGCUGGACAGCUCCAGCCCAAGGGAUGUUGCUACCGCUUGAAGGUCCCUCAAGGGCAGAACGAGAUACUGAACCGUCAGGUCGUGAAAUCUGAUUCGGCAACUAUCAAGAUUCCGGAACUGGACUUUGAGAUUCCUCCUGAAGCUCAACGUGGAACACUUUCAACAGUGGAAGGGACAAUUAUGCGAGCUGUGGAGGAGUUGCAGGCACUUCAAGAUGAAAGAAAGAAAGUGGAUCCUCAAAAAGCUGAAGCUAUUGAUCAAUUUUUAGUAAAAUUGAGAUCUCUCGGAUCUGGAGAAGCGGCGUUUACCUUUGUUCUGGAUGAUCCUGCUGGAAACAGCUUCAUUGAGAACCCGCAUGCUCCUUCAUCAGAUCCUUUAUUAUCUGCGAGUUUCUAUGAAAGGACAUCUGAUCAACAAGCAGCACUUGGUUUUCUUGUUGAUCCACCAACCGGAGAAUCCGGAGAGCCUUCGCAGAAUGCUUCGACAGUUGAGGCAAAUUGUGGUGGGUUGCCAAAGGUACCCCAUGGUUCAGUUGGAGCUGUUGCAGGUCGUCGUGCUAUUGCUCAGGGAAACCCUGAUGAAAUUGCUGCAACGCUGUGCAGGUAUACAGCACCAAAAGAGGUUGAUACUUUGCCAUCAACAUGUGGAGCCUGUGGAGCUGCAUGUGUGACUCGUUUCUUUGCUACUAAAAUCCCAUAUUUCCGUGAGGUUAUUGUUAUGGCAGCUUCAUGUGACCUGUGUGGUUAUCGCAACUCAGAGUUGAAGCCUGGCGGUGAAAUUCCAGCUAAAGGAAAGAAAAUUACGUUACAUGUGCAAACCGUGAAAGAUCUUUCUCGUGAUGUCAUAAAGUCAGAUUCUGCCGCUGUGAAAGUACCUGAACUUGAGUUGGAGCUGUCAAUGGGUACAUUGGGUGGUAUUGUCACGACAGUUGAAGGUUUAAUUGUGAAAAUAUGUGAGGCUCUGGAGCGGGUUCAUGGAUUCCAAUUGGGUGAUAGCACAAAUGAAUGGAAGAAAAAGAAAUGGGAUGAUUUCCAGCAAAGAUUAUCAAAGCUCCUGAGUUUACAAGAGCCUUGGACCUUAAUUAUUGACGAUGCGUUAGCGGCUUCAUUUGUCGCUCCAUCCACAGAUUUGAUAGAAGAUGACAGCCAGCUACUCAUUGAGGACUAUGAGAGGAGUUGGGAGCAGAAUGAGGAGCUUGGCUUGAAUGACAUGGACACUUCCUCUGCAGGCAUUGCUUACAAUACAACCAGCACCGAAUAA